AAAAAACUGAUACUUCUAAAGAUCAUCAUCAUGCUUGCUCCCUCUCAUCACCUUGCCCUUGCUAUGUCUCUGCUCACUGGAGCUUGGUUGGCUCGUACAGGCUCCACUGCAUUGAACUGUGCUGGUGGCGAAGUAGUUGAUUGGAAUGAGUGCACUCGGUACGAAAUCUCUGUCUCGUCGAAUGUCUAUCCGUUCAAUCUUCGGGAACUGAUCCUUACUUUCGCUUUAUGUAAAUCAACUCCCGAAAUCCAAUUGGUGUCUGCUUUAUUAACCAGAGCCAUCGCAACUAUCGUCUAUGAUAAGCCAAAGAACACUCUUGAUAGAGUCUCGAGCAGGUUUGCGAAGCUCUCGGGCAAUUGUACCAUACUCGUUAACAAUCCCAAUAGGGAGGUAGUAACCAAGCAACAAAUCGAGGCUGGUUUCAAGAGUAUCUUGGACGCAUGCAAACCCAAUACGGGUUCAAUCAGCUUAUCCGAUUCAGUUUAUGUUGAAAGCCAAAACCAUCAAUCACUGCAUGAUACCGAUUACCUCGCUCCUACCACUUUGACCUGUGGUCUUAACAGCAACGCACCAUUAACUGUGGACAAAGAUUGUCAAGAUGCGUUCGACAGUAUUUCUGUCGAUCGGUGGGGUCGGUUGUUGGGUGAUAAGGGUAAACCGGCACCUUCCGUAUUGAAGACAUUGAAAACCUGCACGGUACUCAUCUAUACAACUGAUGCCUCCCAACUCAUCGCACUGUGAAUCGACUAUUCAAUAGUCCACAAAACGCCUCCGUGUGGACUACGGGAUAGCCAUUUGGCUUACCUCGUUUCUCCUCGCUGUUUCUCUU